AAAAAAAAAGCUAAAACUACACUUAAGAAAGAAAAAGAAAAACUGUCUAGAACCCUAGUGGUUUGGGUCGUUGGGCAGUGACUUGAUUGUUGCAAGCAGGAGUAAUGGGGAAAGAGAUGCAGAGAGUACUGGAGUUCUACAGUGGAAUCGGCGGCAUGAGAUACUCGCUGAUGAAGGCCCAAGUGAACGCGCAAGUGAUCGAAGCAUUUGAAAUCAAUAACAUUGCAAAUGAUGUUUAUCAGCAUAACUUUUCUCAUCGUCCUUAUCAGGGAAAUAUUCAAUCCCUAACUGCUGCUGAUCUAGACAAAUAUGGUGCCGACGCAUGGCUUCUUUCUCCUCCAUGUCAACCUUACACGCGACAAGGUCUCCAGAAGGACACUGGGGAUGCACGUGCAUUUUCUUUUCUUCAGAUUCUUGAGCUCAUCCCGUUCUUAUUGCACCCUCCAAGUAUGUUGUUUGUGGAAAAUGUUGUCGGAUUUGAGACGUCUGAUACGCAUGCAAAACUGGUUGAAAUACUGGAGAAAACAAAUUUUACCACACAAGAGUUCAUUCUGAGCCCUUUACAGUUUGGAAUUCCAUAUUCUAGGCCUCGUUACUUUUGUCUGGCUAAGAGAAAACCGUCAUCUUUUGGAAAUAAAUUUUUGAACUGCCAACUGAUUCAAUCUCCAAAGCCAUUAUUUGAGCCUUUCAAUGCAGACGCCAAGGAAGAUGAUUUACCACUAGAGGACAGACACAAUUUGUUGCAGUCAUGUCAACCUAUUGAGAAGUUUCUUGUAUUAAAGAAUCCUAGCAACGAUACAGAUGUUGAACCUGCGGCUUCAACGGCCGGUGUGUCCAAUGACAUUUCUAGUACUUCAGAGGAAGAUAAUGGUCAUGAAUACGACUCUUUAGACAAGUAUUACGUUCACCCAAGUUUGUUAGAACGGUGGGGAAGUGCUAUGGAUGUUGUGUAUCCUGAUUCAAAGCGCUGCUGCUGUUUUACGAAAAGUUAUUACAGAUAUGUGAAGGGAACUGGCUCCCUUUUGGCUACUGUUCAGCCAAUGAAGAGGGACAAAACAUCUCUCAAGGAGCAGCGACUUAGGUACUUUACACCGAGAGAGGUUGCAAACUUACAUUCUUUUCCUGAAGAUUUCGAGUUUCCAGAACAAAUCAGUCUCAGACAACGGUAUGCAUUGCUAGGGAACAGUUUAAGCGUAUCAGUUGUUGCUCCCUUACUUCAUUAUCUUUUCUCUGAAGCGUUGUGAUUUUUCAAUCAUACUAUCCAUUCAACAGAAGCAGAUAGUUUCUACCUGUGAGACCUUGUAAGUUGUAACACAAUGCUGUGAAUUAUUGUUUCAACCAUGGUAAUCAAACCCUGAGUUUAAGUAUUUUCACUGCAGAAUUCGUAAUUCUAGUGUAGAAUUAUGUGACCAUUAUUUUUAAAACUGACUGAGAGGGGAGUGCAAAAAAUGUAAUUUGAAGUUUGUAGAGUUAAAAUGUCCAUGCCAAGUAUCUUGCAGAUCAGAAGAUAGGAUCUGGUAUACAUGUUUGUAUUUAGAAUAAUGUAUUAAUGAGUAUAUUUUCAUGCUGAUAAUUAAUUUAUAAUGCACAAUUGAAAGUUAAAGGGAAAUUAAAUACUCAGAACCAAGAUGUGCCUCUUUGUAUGUAUGUUGGGCAAAAUUACUUUGAACCUGAGAAUAAAUGGCAAACUACGAUUAUGUUACUUCAUGCAACAGUUGGCUUCACUCCCACUAUUUUUGAAACCUUUUAUGUUCAUUUUGUUGUGGUUGAAUGAUGUCACGAUAUAUUUUUUAUAUUCAUUUUAUUGCUGUGAUUAUGACUGUUUUAUGGUACAAUUUAGUCGUAAAAUAAAAUUGAAUUGAAUUAUCUUGAAUUUUACCGUUUCAAUGUAAUAAGAACUGAUUUUAAAUUUCGAAUCGGAAUAAAAAUUGGAAAUAUUAAUAACAAAUACAUUAUGCACGCUGCAACCUCCAUGGAAGAAGAAUCACAAAGAACACCUUUUGAUGAAAGAACACCAGAAUGACUUGGUGAAGAACUCAUUGAAGAAGGACAACUUGAGACAAAGUUUCUCUUUUGUGGAGGAUACUAAAUUCGAGAAAUCUCCAUUCCACUCCCUUUUUUAUACUUCGUACUUUCCCAUAUGUUUUUAAUCAAAUUUUACCCUUGUUGAUACUCCCUCCGAUCUCAAAAAUAA